UUACGCCCAAUACGGUAACACUGCAUUCUUCUUCUGUUUUUGUUGUUGCUAUUUUGAUAAUUUAUUAAAUUUUGCACAAAAUACGCGCCAUCUAAACGCCAAAUGGCCUAUUUAAGCUAAGAUUUAAAUCAUAAGAAUCCACUGGCGAUGCAAUUACCCGGGAAAUUGUCUCAAGAACGAGUUUAAACGAAUAUUUGGCCAACAGUUGUGGCAUUCGCAGCAUUUUGACGCCAUUCCCCAUAUCGGCGUUUGACUUUUAAUUUUGUUUGUGGCUUUGAUUUGCGCGCGCGUCCCUGAAAUUUGAGAAAUUUACACAAAUUACCAUCCUUGGCGGAUGUUUGGGGACUCGUUAGAUGUCGGAAGCGAAUCAAUUGGACGCCCAGGAUCAGCUGGGACUACAAAACGGUGCUCUGGCCAAUAUCCUGUCCGAUUUGUGCAUCGUCAUUCAAGGAAAGCGUACGCCCGAAGAACAUGAAAACACGCUGGUACGUGCCACUGACUAUAUAAGCUCGUGUCAGACAUUUCCAAUUUGUGAAGAAGAGUGCGUCCAGAGGAUCGUAAACAAACUGAACGCCGGGUCGCAUCCCGACGAACCCGUCGGCACCGGUGAUCUCUUUCUGAAAGUCUACAACAAGCUGCUGGCACUGAACAUAGACACCAAUUCGAGACACUCGUUGAUGUGCUUCCUGCUCAGCAUGGCGGACAAACCCAAGGAGGUGAAAACUGUAAACGGAACUGCUGAGGACGGAGGAGACACACUGAAGCUUACCCUGAGAAGCCGGAGCACCGAAACGGCAACGAGCAGCACUAAUGGUUCGUCAUCGAACCGAUCUUCCCAUCUAAAUGGAAUCGUGACAAAAUUCAGCUACGAUUCCUCGCAGUCCAGUACGGGAUUGGGACAACAGUCACUGCCCGAAUACAUGACGAACUUAAAGGUCCAGACGAAUCUGGAGGAGAUGCAGGACCUUGUGAUGAACGCCAUCUACUCGUUCACCGGCGUCCAGGGAAAGUAUUUGAAAAAGGAUGUAAUCUCGGGUUGCUUCAAGCUGGACCCUAUGAACGCCAAGGCCCUGUCACCCGUUCAGGCCGGCAUGCUAUUGCGGCUAUCCGAGCUGGGCUACUACCACGAUCGGGUGGCCAAGUACGCGGAUUUGACCACCGGAUUUAAUGCCAUGGGCAGUAUGGGCCAGGCUUUUAUAUCCAAGCUCAGGGAGGAGCUGGUGGAGUUCCACGGCCAGGUGGCGAUACUCCACGACGAAGUGGCCAACUUUCGGGAUAGCCAGAAGGAGAAGUCCGAGCCGGGGUCGAUGGGUGAGGUGACGCUGUUUAAGCUGCUGGCAUGGUACAUAACACCGUUGCACCGGAUGCAGUGGCUCGCAAAGAUCGCGGACUCCUGCCAGCUGCGCAAGGGCGGGGAACUGGCCUCUACUGUCUACAAUUACCUGGACCAUGGCAACUCGAUGGUCAAUGAACUGGUCAGAUCGCUUCUGACUGCCAUAUGUGGUCCCCUUGUGCGAAUGAUCUCCAAUUGGAUGCUGGAUGGCGGCAUUAGCGACACCUACAGCGAGUUCUUUGUCGAGUCGCUGAACGAUGUCGGUGCGGAUCGACUCUGGCAUGAUAAAUUCCGACUGCGGGUCGCAAUGAUGCCCAAAUUCAUAACCAUGGAGCUGGCCGACAAGAUCCUCAAAACGGGCAAAAGUAUUAACUUCUUGCGGGAGAUAUGCGAGAUGACGGAGCUGGUGAAGGGUCGGGAGGAGCUCAAGUCGAUCAUGAACACCAACGCUUCGCAAAUCUUUUCGUAUGUGCAGGACACCAAUUGGCAUGCAGCGGUGGAGACAUGCUACCAGCAGACCUCCAAACAUGUCCUGGACAUCAUGGUGGGUCCCCACAAGCUACUGGAUCAUCUGCACGGAAUGCGACGCUACUUGCUGCUCGGCCAGGGCGACUUUGUUGGCAUUCUCAUUGAGAAUAUGAAGGACGAACUAGAGCGCAUGGGCACUGAUAUAUAUGCCCAUGAUCUCUCCGCCAUGCUGGAUGCAGCGCUGCGCUGCACAAAUGCCCAAUACGAUGAUCCGGAGAUCCUGAACCACUUGGAUGUGGUGGUGCAGUCGCCCUUCCCCGGCGACCGUGGCUGGGACAUCAUCUCGCUGCAGUAUAUCGUCCAGGGACCACUGGCCACCAUGCUGGAGCCGACAAUGCCCACCUACAAGGCUCUGUUCAAGCCCCUCUGGCGGAUGAAGCACAUGGAGUUCCUGCUCUCCAUGAAGAUCUGGAACGAGCAGAUGGCCAACUCAAAGAUUCUGCGCCCAUUGAACGCCGAGAUUGGACCGGCUUCCUACCGCUUACAUCUGUUUACCUCAGAGAUCAUGCACUUCAUCCACCAGAUGCAGUAUUACGUACUCUUUGAGGUCAUCGAGUGCAACUGGGUGGAGCUUCAAAAGAAAAUGCAGCGGGCCACCGCUCUGGACGAAAUCCUGGAGGCUCACCAAAAGUUCCUUAAGACGAUUACUGUGGGCUGCUUUGUCAACACGUUAACUGAUAUGGAGCGGCAUCUGGAGACGGUGUACGAAAACAUCAUCGGCCUGGAGAACUGGCAAUCGUCGUUCUAUAAGGAGUGCUUUAAGGAGCUUGAUGCGCGGAAAGCCCUGCACAAGAAGGUGAUGGAGUCGGAAGCGGCUGGAAAGUUUGGUGUGACCGUUGAUGAGAUGUUCGAGCGGGAUAACGAUCGCAAGAAAUUCUUAGAGCGAAUUGCCAUCUCGUGUCGGGGACUGGAAGACAUUGCCAUUGCCUACGAGAAGGCCGUCAGUGGCUUUCUGCUGGCCCUCAACUCCAAUGUGGAUCCCAACCUGCAGCUGUUCGGCACCCGGUUGGAUUUUAACGAGUACUACAAGAAGCGCGACACCAACCUAAGCAAGCCCCUCACCUUCGAGCACAUGCGGAUGAGCAGCGUCUUCUCCGCGUCCAAGGCGAGUCAGAGCAGUCGGUAUGUGAUCCAUCCCCAGACCACCAAGGAAUAGCAUUUGCCAAGAUCGAGGUCGAGGUCAAGGUCGAGAUUGAGGUCCUGGACCUUACCACCACACCCCUGUGCCAAUAUAGCGAUCCAGUCCACUUGCUGCGCCAUAUUAUAAUAUUUUAGUCAUAAAGCGAAACGAACAAGCAAUCAUUGCAACUCAAUCGUAAUCCAAAUGAAUCUGCACAAAUAUCUCAAGCAUUUCUGCAAAAGCCUUCGAACGAAUAUAUCUCAAAUAUAUAUCUGAAACUUUUUUUUUUUUACCAUUGAUUAGUUUUAAAUGGAAUAUGUUUGGCGCACAUCGUUUUUUGUAAUCCACUGAUUUGCUACAUCGAUUACUGUAGUUAAGCAGUUAAAAAAGACACUAAAACUAAUAAGAAAGCACAAAGCCUAAUUAGCCAAAUGUUACAAAACGUUUCCUUAAGUGCGUCUGUCAAUUUACAAGCUGGAGAUAAGAAAAUGUUAAUUAUAAAUGCCCAGAUGUUUAAGGAUGUUUUAAAAUGUUAAUGUUUUAAACAAUGUUUUAGGCCAGUCGUGUUGCGAGCUUCAAAUAAACGCUAAAUUGCUCU